AUGUAUCAAGAUGCUAAGCCACACUAUGAAAGUGUGGGAAAGGGUGAUAGAGAUGAGAGUGAGGAGAGGCGUGUCUAUUUCAGAGAAUCAGUAGAAUUCAUGCCGGGGCGUUCUACUACUGAAUCCAUUCAUCUUGUCAGGAAAUUGAGAUGCUUAGAGGCUAAAGGUGUGGCUGACAUUAGAGCAAUCAAGGACAUAUAUGAUGGAUCCAAGACCAAGGUGAAGACUAUAGGAGGAGACUCGGAGUACUUUCCAGUUCUGAUAGAUGAUAUAGACUUGAUUAACGAGACUCAUAGCGGAGUUAACUCUAAGCUAGAGGAUUGGAGACAGAUGUUAGAGUCUAAAGCAUUCAAGUUGAGUAGGACCAAGACAGAGUACUUGGAGUGCAGGUUCAGUGGCGUACCUCAAGAGGCUGACGUGAAAGUGAAGCUUGGAACCCAGGGCAAGAAACCUCCUACUACUAAUGGCUCUGCUAAGAAGGACGAGUCAAGUGACGAUUCUAGUUCAGAUGAUGAUAGCAGCUCGGAGGAAGAUGAUCCUGCAGCCAAGAAACCUCCUACUACUAAUGGCUCUGCUAAGAAGGACAAUUCUAGUUCAGAUGAUGAUAGCAGCUCGGAGGAUGAUGAUGUUGUUAAGAAGGCAGCCCCUACUGCUGCUCCUAAGAAGACCCCUGCUUCUGCCUCUAAAAAAGAAGAUUCUAGCGAUGAUUCCAGCGAUGACUCCAGUUCAGAUGAUGAUGAACCUCCCUCUAAGGCAGUUGCUCAACCUAAAAAAGCUCCACAAGCCGUGAAGAAGGCUAGCGACAGCUCUGAAGAAUCUGAUGAUUCCAAUGACGAUUCUGAUUCUGAUGCAGACAAGAUACGUAGAAGGAUGGCCAGUUCACACCGCAGGCCGAAGCCAUGGAAGGAGUUCCUCAUUGGAAUCCUCUAUGAAGAAUUAGUGAUGCAUGAGAAAGGCCUCAACCAAUUAGACUAGGAUGGAAUUGUUCGAAAAUUAUAUCAUCAAACAGGCAAACAAAGUUGUGUAACCGAAGUGCGGACAUUGUGUAAAAAAUUUAGAGAUGAGACAAAGCAGUUCAUGGAACUGUUACAAGUUACUGGUUAUGCUUUGAACCCAAAUAACAACAAAGUAAUUUGUACAGAAAGGUGUGCGAACAAAGUUACCUGAUCCAUGGUGGUGAGAGAGUGUUAAAAAACGAAGGGCUUCAACAUUAUUAUAUGUUGAGGAAGAUAUUUGGGUGCAAGAAUCAGACGACACUGUAGUCUGGGGACAACCAAGUUUUAUGGAGGGGUUUUGAUGCUGCUAAAAGUUUACGCAUUGUUUUGAUAAAUAUGGACAAGAUCAGAAAUUAUUGUUUCUGCGACGCUAACGUAAGGAGAAUGUUAAUGCUUCGUUUUCUUGAGGCCAGGCUUUGGAGCUGAAAGAGGAGACGGGGAACAAGCAAGUUUUUUGUAUAAUCAUGCACCCCAAUCCAUGAUGUAUGUAUCAGGUGCCAACCACAAGUAGUAAUAUAAGUAGGUUAAUACCCACAAAGUGUGCAUGUUUUUGUCCUUGAAACCAGCAAGCAGUCUGCCAUUCUUCUCCCUGUA